GAGGUGUUUGUCUUUAUAUAUUCGUGUGUUGAUUGCUGUGUUGUUCAUGGUAGUUUUGGCUGACGGCAUGACCCGAAUGUAUAAAGGGAGGGCCAGGGACAAGGCAGAACCUCAGAGAGAAUUUGGCAGGAUCUCAACGCAGAAGCAAAGGCCAGAUGUGCAAAAUGUCCAUCUUAUCUCUGCUGCUCGCCUCGGCUCUGCUCUCCGUGACCACGGAGCUGGGAGAAGGAGCUGGUGCCCAAGAGGACAGGGCCGUGUGCGCGGGGAUGAGCGGGAUCCCGGGGACCCCAGGGCAGCACGGGGUCCCUGGAAGGGACGGCAGGGACGGAAAAGACGGUGUGAUGGGAACACCUGGAGCUAAGGGAGACCGCGGGGCUUCAGGAGACAAAGGCGUGAAAGGGGAGCCAGGUCUCCCGGGAAAGCUGGGCCCUAUUGGCCAGUCAGGGCCCAUGGGGCCUCCAGGAAUCCCAGGUGAGAAGGGCGGCAGAGGCAAUAAAAGCGAGAAUGGUGUGGGGCCCAGGUCGGCCUUCUCGGCAAAGGUGGCACUUUACAAACCAGCAACCGGAUGCCCCAUGAAGUUUGACAUCAUCAUCACCAACCCACAGGGGCACUACAACCCCAUCACAGGGAAGUUUACUUGCGCAUCCCCCGGCACCUACUACUUCACCUUGUUUAUGCACUCAAGUGCCAGUGGCCAUCUCGUGGUUAUGAUAAUGAAAAAUGGGCAAUUGAUAUCCAAUGUAUGUGCCCGCCCAGACGAGGAAAUUAGCGGUAGCGUCGUGCUGAGCCUCGAGACGGGAGAUCAGGUAUGGCUCGAGAUGAAAGCUCCGUACAUCAAUUUGAUAAUUGACCAAAGCAGGGACGCGCUGUUUAGUGGCUUUCUCCUUUUCCCCAACUGAAUUGACUUCCAUUGUCAGGGAAUAUGAAGUGAACACAUGCACAUCGUCAUUAACAUAUUCACGCGUGCAUAAAUGCAUACAUCUUGACUUAAAGCGUUCAUGACUGCACAAUUCAUAUUCUUUGGGUCUUUCAGUAAAGUCACGUAGAUAGGUUGAAAGAUCGAAACGUCGCAAUUUUUUGUUGUUAUUUUCUUUCAACCUAUCUACGUGACUUUACCGAAAGACCCAAAUGAUAUAAAUGCAUACAUAUAAGAUGAAGAAUAGGACCCCCCCCCCCCUAUCGACUUUAACAAACUUUUGUUAAAAACGCUAGGAGGGUCCAGAAAAUGUGCAGACAUGUUCUUGGGGUUCAGACUGGAUCGCCAUAGGGGUGGUGCUCGCAGUUUAUUAUUAUUGAGUGGUGUGUGAUCAUGGGCCAGCAACUCACAACCACCAUGCGUAACUCGCAGAGCUGAGUGGCUCUAAGCGAACGCUUUGCUAAACCUCAUUCUCGGGCAUAGAAUGUUGUAAUCAGAGAAUAGAUCUGCCACUUACUUUGAACUAGCUUGAACACCUCCUCCAUGAGGAUGUUUGGGAGAGGUCUGGAUUGGGUACCGAAUGCUGCCAAUGCAGCUGCACUAGCCACAGUCCUGGACCUCAUCUAUUUUUGAUUGGCAUCAACAGAAGAUGGGAAGUCUUUAAUUCCUGGAUACAAGUGAUGAUCAAAUUCUCGCUUCGAACUUUCAACAUAUAAUGCAGACCGUGCCUCACAUAAAUGGGGUCUUUUGUGGAUGCUUGCUUCCACAAUGGAAGAAUGGCAGGCAUAUCCUACAGAUGCAAAGCUGAUGGUCAGUGGCCAUAUCAGCUCCACAGUAUGUCCUCAUGUCAAGCAGAUAAGCUCACGUUGACUGUUCCACAUUGCAUCGUGCAACAGAUGUUUCUGCUUGGACCUGACACACCCGAAGUGUUAUGUGAUGACAUAAAAGGAUGCUGAUCGUUAUGAGCCCAUGAGCUGCACAGCAAUCCAGCAGAAUACUACCAUUAUUACUGAGUAGAUGUGUGGUAUUCUUUUCAAUACUCCCACCCAAGUGUUAGGGUCAUGACCCACCUUUGGCUUUAAUAGAAGGCGCAUUGGCCUUGGCUGCGACCCUCAAUAGAUGGUCAUCAUUAGUAGGGACUGAAUCAACCACCACAAUUCCUCACAACACAUACACACACAUUUGUAGAACACAGGCAGUUAAAAAUACAUAUACACGUGCAGUUCAUACACGUGCGAAGACAAAGCUCCCCGUAUAGCCUUAACUGACUUUAGGGACAAAUGUUUUUAGCGAGCACCUAUUAAGGCCGGCACAGUAAACUAGGGGAUGGGUGACUAGUACCACGCCCGACCGCCCUUGCCUCACCUAAGGUAUUUGUUUACACACCGCACAAGGUAUUUGUUUCAUGCUGAGUUGACAUAAAGGAGGCCCGAGACCGGUUCAUAUAUUCGUCAUUGGUGGUGGCAGUAAGUGGGUAUCGAAAUCGGGUUACGGGUUCAUAGAGCCGUGCGCUAACCACUAACCUACGGCUCCCUACACACACGCAUACACACAGAUACAACACAGACGACACUCAGCAGAUCCUUGUGUUUUUUUAUUAUUUGUGAUGUUAAACACGAGACGAUGGGUGUUGUAAGUUCACGGGGCCCCUGCUAGCACUAGAGGCCGCUACAUUUAACGCAAAAAUAUAUUCGAUUGUGUUUUUUUAACUCGCAAAUAUUCAGUUUUAACCGUGUACUGAGUGUUUUAUGUUGCUUAAAGUCACGUGUUCGUUAAUUUGCGUUUCUGCUCUGCUUAAUAUUUAGACCCACGUGAUGUUGAUUUGCUCUAUCAUGGCAUGGCUCUGUGUUGUUUUGAAUAAAUAAAG